UCUCCAUUCCUCGUUGUUUAGGUUAAACAUGGCGGCGCUCUUGAGAUCAGCCCGGCUUCUUAAAUGUUUGCCUUCGGGCUUGCUUCAGACGAAAGGGACGAUCAGAAAUGGACCACCGCUUAGUCGAUUGUACAGUGGAGCUAUCGGUGGUAAAGGAACCGGAGUCUGUCCAAGACAACUCGUCCCAGGUCCCUGCAGUGUACACAGGUGUUUGUGGCCCUAUGCAGGUUUACGCCACUAUGCUGUCAUCCCGGAACAGAAGGGGCCAGCCAAAGAUGAGUCCAGUUUGGGAGUACGCUCUAAGCAGGCCCAGCAGUUUGACUGGGCCUUGGCCAAACUGGACAGUUCAGUGAGACGGACGGGGCGUGUCACCAAGACCCUGCUGAUGCGAAUCUUCCACGACAUCUGCAGGACAGGCUAUCCCAGUGGGAAUCAAGCCCUACUCCUACUGCGGAGCUGUGGCUCUCUUCUUCCCGAGGUGCCCAUGGCGGAACGUAGCGAGCUGGCACGCCACAUCUGGGACAAGCUAAAGGAGCUAGGUGCCUCUUAUGACGCCAGUCAUUACAAUGCGCUGGUCAAGGUCUUUCUGCAGAACGAGUUUAAGUUCUCCCCAAAUGAGUUCCUCGCCAAGAUGGAGGCCGCUGGCGUGCAGCCCAACAGAGUCACAUACCAGAGACUGAUUGCAGCCUACUGCAAUGCAGGGGACAUUGAGGGUGCCAGUACAAUCCUCGGCUUUAUGAAGAGCAAGGACCUUCCAAUCACAGAGGCUGUUUUCAAUUCCUUAGUGACAGGUCACGCACGUGCAGACGACAUGGAGAGCGCCGUGAGCAUCCUUUCGGUGAUGAAGGGGGCGGGCAUCGAACCGGGACCGGACACCUAUGUGGCGUUACUCAACGCCUAUGCAGAGAGAGGCGACAUGGAGAAGAUCAGACAGACUCUGGAGACGGCGGGGAGCACUGACAUCAGUCUGAUGGACAGGGACCUGAUGCAGGUGGUAUUCAGCCUGGCCAAGGCCGGCUAUCAUCAGCACGUACCGAGCAUAGUGGACCUCAUGAGACACGAGAGAGGAUAUGUGCCAGAUGCUAUGAACCUUUGCCUGAGCCUCAUCACCCAGGGCCACGAGGACACCGCCUUCAGCGUGCUCAAGACCUUCCCCACCCUCCAGCAAGAGAAUGAGAGCGGAGACUCCAACAACCUGGGAAACUUCUUCCUGCGCCACUGUGUCAACAUGAACAAGCCAGUGGAGAAGUUGGCCCGCUACUGCCAGGAGCUGCAAGACUCCAACUGCCAUGCGGCACCUCUGCAGUUCACACUCUACUGCUGCCUGGAGGCCAAGAAUACCGCUACUGCGUUGGAGUUGAUGAAAAUUAUGAAAGAACAGGGACAACCGAUCAGACCCCACUUCUUCUGGCCUCUCCUCAUGCAACACGUCAAGGACCGCAACACAGUGGGUGUCAUGGAGGUGAUGAAGGGCAUGCAGGAGCUGGGUGUUCCAGCUGAUGUAGAGACCCUGUCUAACUACAUCCUGCCUGCUUUCCCCAAUGUAGCUGUUGCCCGGGACACUUUCAAGGAGAUGGGCUUUUCCCAAGGGUCGGAGGGCCUCUUGUCUUCUGAGGUGCGUUUUGAGGCUGCCAGUGGAAACCUGUCCAGACUCUUGGCUAUGUUGUCCGACCCCUCCUUCUCGGCCCUGGACCUGAGCAACUUCAGAAGCAGCCUGAUCAGUGGAUUCAGAAUGUCAGAUGACGUGGGGACCAUGACCAAGAUCACGGACCUGCUGUACAAAGAUGAGCGUUUUUCUCUGGGAACUACAAGUCCUGCUGAGGGUGUGUCCUACUUCCUCUAUAACCUGAUUGACAGCAUGUCUGAGGCAGAGGUGCAGGCCCAGGAGGAAAAGCUCAGACAAUACUUUAACCAGCUAAAGAGCAUGAAUAUUGUCAUCCCAGUGAACAUCUACAGAGGGAUCCGUAACCUCCUGGACUCCUACCAUGUGCCUGAGCUCAUAAAGGACGUCCUCGCUCUGCUGGAUGGAAAAGAUGCUCUGAACUUAUCAGACAGAGCCAGCAGAGCAAAUGGUCUGGGGCUGGAGAGGAAGCUUGCUGAGCUAAAGGCUGAGGGUAAACCUGUAGGACCUACCUUGAAACAACUCAUCCUCAGUCUGUGCUCCGAGGAGAAACUGGACGCGGCUCUGGAGCUGAAGAGCCAACACGCGGCAGACAUGGCCACCGGGGGCUAUGCCGCCCUCAUCCACCUCUGCUGUCGCCACAACAAUGUGGACGAGGCGCUUAAGUUGAAAGGAGAGCUGAGCCAUAAGGAUCCCUCUGUCUCUCUGGAUUCCACCAAGUCCAUUGCUCUGGUCAAGGCCCUGGUGAAGCAUGACCGAAUGGAAGAGGCGGUGGACUUGCUGAAGGAGAUGAAGGAGAAGGACGUGUCUGUCGUCGACACAGCGGUGACGCUACUCUUCCACACUCUCAACGCGGCCGCCCUGAAGGGGGACGUGGCGGCGGUCCGCCAGCUCCAGGCCACCGUGUUCACCCUGGGCCUCACCAAACCAACGGCCAACCUCUGCUCCCCCCUGAUAACGGCCCACCUCCAGACUAAGGACUUGAGUGGGGCUCUUGAUGCGGCCAUGGAGUGUCAGAAACAGUAUGGCCACCUCCCCCGUAUCCAUGACGUCAUCUGUGGCCUGGUGGAGAACGGAGACACUGAGCUCCUACAGAAAGCGAUGGACUUUGUGAGCCAGGAGCGAGGCGAGAUGACAAUGCUCUACAACCUCUUCUUCGCCUUCAUGCAGACUGGCCGUCACCGGGAGGCCAGGAAAAUCAUUGAGACUCCAGGCCUAAGGGCUCGAGCAGGACGCCUUCAGUGGUAUGCAGAGAAAUGCGUUGCUGCCAACCAGAUGGAGUCUUUGGAGAGCCUGGUGGAGAUGACCGCCAAGCUGUUUGAGUGUGACCGCGACGAGAUGUACCACUACCUGCUCCGCCUCUGCAAGAACACUAACGAUUGGCGCAAGGCGGAGGCCACCUGGACCAAGAUGCAGGAGGAGAACGUGAUCCCCAGAGAGAGGACCUUACGCCUGCUGGCCGACAUCCUAAGGAGCAACGGACAGGAGGUGCCCUUCGAGGUGCCAGAGGUGUGGUACGAGCAGGCAGCUGCCACCGAGACACAGCCAGACACCAAGACUGCGGAGUCCAGUUCCUUCAAGUCAGCCAGCAGCCACUCUGCUACUGAGGGGAACACCUCUACUGACCUCCAGCUGAAACUGCUCAUCCUCUGCAAGAGGGGCAAGGCCAAAGAGGCCUACAGUGAGCUGAAGAACAUGGACAGGAAGGGCGAGGCUCUGGGCCCGUCCCCCUACAGCGCACUGAUCCGGGCUCUGCUGGCUGAGGGCAAUAUGGAGGACGCUCUGGAGGUCCAGAAAAUUGCCACUACACACAUCCCACACUUCAAGCUGAAUGACAUAGCCAACAGUCUGCUGAUCAUCACACAGGCCAAGAAAAAUCUAACCAAAGAUGCCCUGGCCACAUUGAAGUCCAUGCUGCAGGCAGACCAGGUACCCUCCAAGCUGUCCAUCACCCGAUUGGUCCAAUCCCUCGGUAGCCACGGCGACAUCGCGGGCAUCCAGGAUGUAGAGGCUCUGAUGAAGGGUUUGGGCAAUCCCCUCAACCUGUCCCCCAUGAUGUUUGUCAACAACACCGCCAUAGCGCGCAUCAAAAAUGGAGACCUGGACUCGGCAGUGGAGGGCCUCGAGGCCAUCUACACAUCAGCAGGUGAAGGGUCACAGCCUGCCAGCAUGGCCUUCGUCUUCAGGAAGGUGCUGGAGGAGAAAAACAUCACUGCUCUGGAUAAAUUGAGUGCCAUGGCGGAGAGGCUGGCCAAUCACUUCGCCUCGUAUGGACCUGCUUCAGAUCUCUUCAUACAGCUGAUGGACGCGGGCAUGAAAGAGGAAGCCAAGUUCAUGCUGGCCCGCUGCAGUGCUGUGGCUGAACAGAGGGAGGCACUGGUGUCUUACAUGUCCAGACUGUCCAGAACGCCAGGCCAGGUGGGAAAGAUCAAGGCUUUGAUGAGUGUCAUCCCCGACUUCGCAGAGAAAGACACCAUAUAUUCCUGUCUGGUGAAGAGCUACGCUCUGGACAACGACCUGGCGUCCGCGAAGGCCCUGUAUCAGCAGAUGCAGUCGGAAGGCGUGGAGGCCGAUGAGCUGUGUCUGAAGAGGUUGGCCAAGCUGUACAAGAGUGCGGGAGAGAGUGUCCCCUUCACCGAGCCCCCUGAGUCAUUUAAGUUUUAUGCCGAAAAGCUGAAAGAGAAGUCCAACAAAUCACAGUUGAACACCGCAGUAGUGGAAUAAGAUUAUCCUCAUUCUUUCUUCAUUCUGUCCUUUUUUUUAUAUAAAAAUGUAAGAACAUAUGUAUUGGAAUACAGUGUUGUGUGGUAACCUCUGUCCACCUUGCCGAUGAUGAUACAAAACAGUGAUGUACAGAAGUAUUUAUGCAAUAAAUGUUAGGAACUGUAUGACGCCUGCCUUUUCCAUUUGUGUCCUUUGGCUGACCCAAAUACCCAAGUCUACAUAGUGAGUACAUUAAGCUGCAGUAGCUGGGACAACCACCUAACCCUGUCAUAUCAAGUAAAGCGUUUGCUCAAUAAAGGUGUUCAGGUGUCAGUCAGAACCAUUGUGUGAAUGGCAGCAGCUGUGUUCUACCACUUAGUUGGCUGUCUUAACCUGUCUCCCAAGAGAUUAAACCAGAGGUGUUCCCGUC